AUGGCGAUGUUGAACAGUCGGAAGCACGACUACAAGAGGCUGGGAGAUGCUACAAUAGCAUUUCGAAAGCCGGACGGAGCAGAGAUAUACGUUGCUUACAGGUCGGGUGCGUUGGUUGCGGAUAUCAAGCAGAAGGUGAGCCAUGAGCAGGAGAUUCCAGCAAACAGACAAGUCUGGCUGCUUGGAAGAGAGGAGCUGGAAGACCACAUGACGUUGAGCGGUUGCGGCCACCUUGAGCUGGAUCUCAUCCUUGCCCCGCAAGCGCGCUACAGUGAAGUCGAGCUGGAUCUCACAAGAUUGCCUGGCCCCGACGUGCCGCAUGAACUUCGUCAGCACAUAUCAACGGGAGAGUGGCUGCAGGUUUUUGGAGGACUUCCCUGCGGCUUCUGGGAGUGGAGAAGUUGGAGCCCUGAGCUGAACCUCAGCUACAGCUUUGAGUACUGCGAAGAGCGGAUGCUACCUUAUCUCGGCGUGGUGGUGUUGCUGGUGCUACUGGUGUGCCUCGCGGCAAACGCCCUUGCUUGUUACCAUAUCUGGCAGACGGAUAUGGAGGGAAAGGCUGACCUUAUUGUGCUGUCUGUUCUUGCCUUUCCAUUUGCAUUUCUGGUUCUCCUCGCGGUGAUUCGGUGGAGCUGCUAUGCUGUAGUCAUAGCAUGCUGUCAUGUAUCUUUGGGCAUCUACCGUGUCUACGUGAAGAUACGUGGGCUGGUUGUGUGCAACACACUACUGGGAAAUGCCGGGGGUGCUGGCUUUGUCAAAGGCCAUGUGUUUUUCUUCCCUCCACGUUUCACAGCUUCCGGCGCGUGGCCUACAACUGUUGUCAUGCGAUACUACAUGAACCCUAAACCCUAA